AUGCCAACCGCAAAACGCAAACAAAUUAAAUCAUCAUCGGAAGGAAAUAAACGAAAGACCGCAACACCAUCAUCGGAAGAUAAGCUCGAGAUGAACGUGAGCAGUACUGCUUCACCAAUAAAAUCAUCAUCAGCAAGGGAGGAUACGUAUGUGUGUUUGGAGAAACCUUCCAUCAGUGAGAUUUUGUCCAAUUUUUUGAUGGUGAAUUAUGAUCACUUGCAGGAUGAAACAAAGAGACAAGCUACCAAUGUAUGCAAAGUGAUUUUGAAGCAUAUUCAAGAACAAGGAGCUCCAGAGCCAUCAGAAUCUGAAGCGAAAUAUGUGGAAGUGUAUAACAAAUAUAUGAACUUGGAGAACAGGUCAAUGUAUAAAAUUUAUGAUUUAUUUGGGAGAAGCCUUUUAGAAAAACAAUUCGAUACCAUUUGUGAAAUUAUUACUAAGGAAUAUUUAUUUAAAGAUUUCAACUCAGAAAGCUUAAUUGAACUCUUGAAAAAAGAAAUGGAUGACUCCACGUCAAUAAUUUUUAGACCUGACUUUGACGAUUUAUAUUGUGGAAUUGAUCAAACAGAAAAGUCUUCAAAAAGAUCGAAAAAGGCAGGUAAAACUCCAGCCGCAAUGAGAAGCAAAGAUCAGGCACCAACCGCUUCAGAAAUUAUGUCUGAUGAAAGAACAUCAAAGGUUCUCAUGACCACCAUCUCUGAUGAAAUACUUGGCCCAGAAUCUUCUCAUUCAUCACUCAAAAAAGAAACUGUUAGUUCAGAUAUUCUUCAGUUUGAAGUUGUCUACAAUGAUGGUAGCAUUGAAAGCUUGGAGAAAUUAUUGGCUGCUAAAAACAUAUUUGGUAAGCAAUUACCCAAAAUGCCAAAAGACUACAUUGCUAGAUUGGUUUUCGAUAGAAGCCACAGAGCAAUACUUGGCUCCAAGGAGGGAAAAGUUGUCGGAGGUAUCAGUUUUAGACCAUUUUUUACACAAGGUUUUGCUGAAAUUGCGUUUUGUGCUGUCACAGGAAAUGAGCAAGUCAAGGGUUAUGGUACAAGGCUCAUGAACCAUCUCAAAGACUAUUGCCAAUCCAUUGGAGUAUUUCGAUUCUUGACCUAUGCAGAUAACUAUGCCAUUGGUUAUUUCAAAAAGCAAGGUUUCACAAAAGACAUUUCACUCGACGAGAAAAGAUAUAAGGGCUACAUCAAGGAUUAUGAUGGUGGUACUCUCAUGGAAUGUGUGAUUAGAGCAGACAUUAACUACUUGGAUGUACCUUUAAUGCUGAGAAAACAAAUCGCAGCUGUAAAUCAAAAGUUAGACACAAUAUGCAAUUCUAACAUCAUUCAUCCAGGUCUAACUGUAUUCAAGAAGGGAGAAAAGAUAACAAAUCUUAGAGAUAUUCCUGGAUUAGCUGAGAGCAAUCACGUGAUAGACCCAAAGGCCGCUCAACUUCAAAAUAUAAUGCGAGACGUUUUGGAAAAGGUAAAGAAAAACGAAUAUUCUUGGCCAUUUUUGGUUCCUGUCGAUGCCAAUGAAGUUCCAGAUUACUAUGAAGUCAUUAAGAAUCCAAUGGAUCUAUCCUCUAUUGAACAACGAUUGAAUAGUGGAUAUUACAGAACUAAGGACAUUUUUGUGUCAGAUUUUAGGCUCAUGUUUGAUAAUUGUAGAACUUAUAAUGCAGAGACAACAGAAUACUAUGAAUGUGCCAACAGACUGGAAGACUAUUUCAAAUCCUUACUGAAAGGAGCUCUUGGCAAGUAA